CCCAGGAUAACACAGCGCUGAGGGACUGCAGAUGUAGCUGGUGUCUGAGGAGGUUUCAUGAGGUUGUGUGUGACACAGUGAAGCAGAUAAAGUUGGGCAUCAGUCUGGAGGUUUCCCGAGCCUCUGAAGAUGUACGGCCUGUAUUUGGAAGCAGUGAACGAUUACAUUAACGAAUCCUAUGGAGAGGAUGUGUGGAGGCUGAUCGAGAACCGAGCGGAGAUCCCGCACCUCAAGUUCGUCAGACAUCAGAUGUACAAUGACAACCUGAUCCUCCGACUGGCAAAGGCCGCCGGCGAGGUUCUGGGGAAGACCCACGAUGAGCUGAUGUACGCCUUCGGGGUCUACAUGGUGAAGAGGAUCGGAAACUAUGGAUACGAGCGGAUCCUCAAGGUGUUGGGCCGAAAUGUGCGCGACUUCAUCAACGAGCUGGACAACCUGCACGAGUACUUUCGCUUCUCCUUCCCCAAAGUGCAGCCGCCGAGCUUCUGCGUGGAGGAGGAGUGCGAGACGAGCCUCACGCUUCAUUACCGCAGCACCCGCAAAGGUUUCACCCAGUUCGUCAAAGGGCAGCUGUCUCAGGUGGGACGACAGUUCUACAACACAGACAUCGAGGUGGAGAUCCUGUCUAAAGAGGAGACGGAGAAAAUGACAUAUGUGGUUUACAAGAUGAACUUUGACAACGCGGCCUUCAAGCACCGCAUGCCGCAGCAGAAGACGGCACCGAGCUACGAGAAGCUGCCGAUGAAGCGCGGCAUCUUCUUCGACAUGUUCCCCUUCAGCGUCAUCUUCCGCCGCGACAUGACCAUGUACCGCAUCGGCGAUGGCCUCAAGGAAGUGUUCUCUGACCUCCAGGGCAAGAAGGUCGACGAGGAGUUCGCGCUGGUCAGACCCAUGCUGGAGUUCAGCUGGGACAACAUCUACACUCAUCUGAACAACGUGUUUGAGCUGAUGUCUAAAGCCGUGGUGGAGAGCAAACAGAAGGUCAACAUCCCCAAACUGAACAAAGAGGAGCCGGAGGAGAAGGAGGAGAGCGAGAAAGCAAAGAGGGAAGAAGAGAGAUUACUCAUAGAGACGGUGGAGGACAUGAUUAAAAUGGGUGUUUACGUGAACGAUCUGAACCUGCACGAUUCCAGCAGAGAGCUGAUUUUAGCUGGGACGCAGCAGUCGGCUGAGCUGCAGCUGGCUCUCGAUCAGGAGCAACAAAAAUAUGCUCAGCUGCAGGAAAUCAUCAAGAAGCUGGACGAGGAGAAGAAGAGAGGCGACUCUCUGUUGUACGCCAUGAUCCCCAAAGCUGUGGCCGACCGCCUGCGGAAGGGGAUCACUGCUCUGGAGACGUGCCAGGUGUUCCCAGAUGUGACCAUCCUGUUCAGCGACGUGGUGAAGUUUAACGAGAUCUGCAUCCACAUCACGCCCAUGCAGGUGGUGGACAUGCUCAACGAGAUCUACAUCGUCUUCGACACGCUGAGCGAGAAGCACAACGUCUAUAAGGUGGAGACGAUCCGUGACGCCUACAUGGUGGUGGCCGGCGUGCCCAACAAGACCACCUUCCACGCACACCACACCUGUGACAUGGCUCUGGACAUGUUGAGCUCCAUCGACCACCUGAAAGACCCGUCCACUGGGGACAACAUCCAGAUCAGAGUCGGUAUUCACUCAGGGAUGGUGGUGGCCGGUGUCGUGGGUCUGAAGAUGCCUCGCUACUGUUUGUUCGGCGACACAGUGAACACGGCCUCGCGGAUGGAGAGCAAUGGAGUGGGCAUGCAGAUUCACAUCAGUCAAACCACCAAAGAUCACCUGGAACAUGAACCCUACAUCAUCGAGGAGAGGGGAAAAAUCUUUGUAAAGGGUAAAGGCUACAUGAAGACGUACUGGCUGAAAGGAAAGAAGGAUCUAUCGUUCAAGACCCCGGCAGAGCUGCGCUACAGCGGCGAACAGAAAGACUCCGAGGAGAAGAGCUCUAAUGGCUCCGCAAGCCCCAAUACCAAACGCAUGGCGUCCAACCUCAACAUCGCCAGCAGUGACGAGCAAGCAGAGAGGAAGCCGAGCCCAACCGAACUCCCCCAGGAAACCCUGCCCCCACAAGAGGCCCCCAACGAGCCCCGCAGUCCCUCGGUCGAGCCCCAGGACAAGGAGAAAGCCAAAAAGACUAGGAACAGCAAGGUGUCCAGGUUGGAAGUGCCCCAGGCAACCGCAAUGGUGGAGGAUUUGCCACCCACCGACGGGCUGGAGAACCCGGGUCCUUUACUCAACAUCAAGAGAAACAGCUUCAGGCAGCAGUACGCCAAGCUGCCCACCAACCUGCCCAUGCGCAGCGCCUCCUGCUCCAUUCUGUGAGAGGGAGGCCGCAGUGAGAGGAUGAGACAACGCCACCAUGCGCCGAGGGUUUAAAGUUUUAUCAGGGGCCAGACAAAUGGUUACAGACGAUCUGUAUUUUUACAUCAUGUCCGAGGGGUGGGACAGAUUUUGGCUUUUAUUACAUCGAGAGUCAAACAAGAGUUUCUUGGCAACUUAAACUUAACACCAAUGUUAACUUUUAAAGAUUUCCCACUAAAGUUCACCUGCACACUUCAGGUGUUAGCUGAAGAAAAAUCCCUCUACACUGUUUUCAAAUGGAUAAAAAGAUGUUCUUCAGCAUUAAACUACAGGACGACGAUGAGAUUAAUUCAGAUUUUCUUUACACGAUUUGCUGUAUUUUUGAUAAGAAAUCCAUCUCACUGAUUUUACUUCAACAGGAAAAAUGCUCAAAUAUAUAAUGACAACAAAUGACAGGAUGUUUUGGGAAAUGAAAAUAAACCAUCUGAUUACAGGGUUUACAUUAUCUGACCAAGACCGGAGAGCGUCCACAUUACGGAUGCUUCAUUUCAUUCACUGAGAAUAGACGUGAUAGGUUGUAUUUUAUUAAAAGUAGACGAAUGGCCAUUCAGCGUAGAGUUUCACAACAUUGUCUCCGUGAGUUCGAGCCUCUGUAUGUAACUGACUGCAUUUGUUUCACUGUAUGACAGUGUCUAUUUAUAUAAAACUGUAUGU